AUGUCAUCAAUUACUACUUCAAUCUUCAAGGUAACAGCUGAAAUCCAAAGUUUUGGGGGAAAGCUAGUCAAACUUCAACACAAGUCCGAUGAGACGAAGACUGACAUGGAUGUGAACGUCUACCUUCCAGCUCAAUUCUUUGCCAAUGGAGCCAAGGGAAAAUCAUUACCAGUUCUACUUUAUUUGAGUGGUCUGACUUGCACUCCCAACAAUGCCUCAGAGAAGGCAUUUUGGCAACCAUAUGCAAAUAAGUACGGUUUUGCUGUGGUUUUCCCGGAUACUUCACCCAGAGGGCUCAACAUCGAAGGAGAGCACGACUCUUAUGAUUUUGGAUCCGGUGCCGGGUUCUACGUGGAUGCCACUACUGAGAAAUGGAAGGAUAAUUAUAGAAUGUACAGUUAUGUUAACUCGGAAUUGCUACCCAAAUUGCAGGCUGACUUCCCAAUUCUAAACUUUGACAAUAUUUCAAUCACGGGCCACUCCAUGGGAGGUUACGGAGCUUUACAGUUAUUCUUGAGAAACCCGGGAAAAUUCAAGUCGGUUUCCGCAUUUUCUCCAAUCUCCAACCCCACUAAAGCCCCAUGGGGUGAGAAGUGCUUCUCUGGAUACCUGGGACAGGACAAGUCCACUUGGACUCAGUACGACCCAACCGAAUUGAUUGGAAAAUACCAAGGCCCCUCAGAUUCCAGCAUUUUGAUUCACGUUGGAAAGAGUGAUUCGUUCUACUUCAAGGACCACCAGCUGCUACCUGAGAACUUCUUGAAGGCUUCAGAGAACUCUGUGUUCAAGGGAAAAGUGGACUUGAACUUGGUAGAUGGCUAUGACCAUUCUUACUACUUUAUCUCUUCAUUCACAGACGUUCAUGCUGCUCACCAUGCAAAGUAUUUGGGGUUAAACUAG